AUGGCUCUCUUUGCCGCUGACAUCCGCCGCGGCAACACGACCGACGACCGGAUUAAUCACUUGCGCGAGCUCACUGAUAUCCUCGGUAUUGAUCUUAAGGCCAUCUGCAGUCUUAGAGCUGGUGACAAGCCGAUCGAGAUCAAGAACUUGACCAAAUCCAUCAAGCCUCUCCCUGAUUACCCCAAGAGCUCCCCCUCUUCAGUUGGCUCUGUCCACUCUAGCGUCCGCUGCGUCAUGAAGAGUGCUGAGCGUAAGGAGGCGCGCAAAGAGGCCAAAGUCGAUGCUCAGAAGAAGAAGGUCUACGACAACUUCCACAUCAAUCCCGUCAAAGUUGCUCGUCCCAAUGUCACUUGCCGCACCGGCGAAACCAAUGAGCGUGCUUGGGAGGAUGUUUACCUGAAGUCGCAGAGCGAGACUGUAAAUAUUGUCAACGUCCGCGAAUUCAAGCUGCCUGAGACGCCAAAGGCUCGAACCAAACGAGCCAAGAACUUCGCCAUCGAUGUAACCAUCGCUGAGAAGGCUUAUAUCGCCGGACACGAGAAUCACGCCUUCGCGGAACUGAGGCUCAUCUACGAUCGUGAUGACACCGCCAUGUUCAACAAGACCACUGACAACAUCGAUGACGAGCCGCGUCAGGAUCGCGACCUCCAUGUUGCUAAGAAGAAGGCUGUGCGACACCUUCGAUCGGCUAGUAUCUCCCCAGAGCUGCUUCGCAAGAAGGCGGCCAGCCGUCUGGUAGAGUGCCGCGACCUCAACGAGACCACCAACCUCCUCACCAGGGAUCCUGCUAUCGAGUCUAUCAACCACGUCUUCGAAUCCCCUUACCGCAAGCGUCCUACCACUCCCAAGGAAGCUAAUCGCUUCAAUGAUCUCCUAUCCCGCCUGGCUGCUCAGCGAACUGAGAUGGCGGAUCCUGCCAUCGUGGCUAUUAAGGCGGCCGUCAGAGACAAGCCAUCCGACCCGCACGAGGCGACAGACAAGAUUGUCGCUACCCAGGAGCAGCUCGCGGAGAAGGCUCGAUUCAAGCGCAGCGAUUCUGGAUAUCUCUCCCCCCCGACUGGCAUCGACGAUGAUCAUGCCUCCGAUUCCACCAACGCGCCUGCUAUCACUACCCCUGAGCAUUCCAACCUCGCAGCCAAGCAUGUCAAGAAGACAUCACCAGACUCAGGCAUCAACAGCCCGACCGAGUCUUCCACUCUCAACCCCAAGGCUAUGGAGUUUGUCUCCUCUUGCGUGACUGCUGCUCCUACAAAGCUCAAGGUACACCAGUCCUUCGCUGCUGUCACCAGACCGCCCCAGGAGCCUAAGUGGGAGGACAACUACAAUCAUCCAAUUUCUGCGAUUCCUGAGUUUGAGCCUGUAGCUCCCCCGGCCCCCAUCAUCGUGAACCAGGUCUUCCCGCCUGCUUCAGGUUUCGGCUUUCCGGCUCAGCUUCCUCACGAUCGUCACAUCAACAUCGCGCCGUACCAGGAGAUGCCACCGUACGUUGUCCCGUCGAUGCUACCACCCCCUCCUCCAGCUUGCCCGCCGUGCCCGCCAUUCCCGAUGAUGCACGGAUCGGCCCCAACCUUCUACCCGGCCCCGGCUACCGCAUUCAUGCCAGUCUCUCGUCCGGCGCCGCACCCUAAGCCUCGCGGCCACAACGCCAUGGAGCAGCAGCAGUACGAGGCGUGGCUCGAGUAUAAGCGAAGCACCGACCCCACCUUCCACCAGAAGGGCAGAGAGAGACAGCAGCGCCGUUUCGCAGGCCGCCAGAACCAGUAG